CGACUAUCCAACAAACAAAUGUAACUCCUUUGGCAAUACCCCAACAAACAAAUGUAACUUCGCCAACUUCAAGUGCUCAAAUUUCUCCUUUUACUAACUUUACAAAUAUUCAUAUGUUGCUGCAGCAACAAUAUUCGCAACUUUUUGCGCCUUUAGCUUUGAACAAAACCAAUGUUGAAAAUAACGAAGAGGAACUCUUCGUUACAAAUAAUGAGCAGGAAAAUUCGUUGACUUUAGGUACUUCAGAAUCUACUUCUAGCUCAAAAGUUGGAAAGCAGCAGUAUGCGUUGCAACGA